AUGCACCUGUCUGAGCAUCGUCAUAUCGUAAAUGCACUAGACGCCGAUAAACAACCUCGACCGACUUCAAUUCCUAACGUGGUGUUUACAGAGGAUGAUGCAAGGGGAACUAUUUUCCCUAGUGAUGAUUUGUUGGUACUGAUAACAAAUAUUAAUGGGGCUGACAUCAAAAGAGUCCUGGUAGAUGGGGGUAGCUCUGCAAAUGUUUUGUUCAUGAAAGAUUUUAACGAGAUGAUGAUUAGAAAGCAAUAUCUGACGCAGGUGUCUUAUCCAAUUAUUGGGUUCAAUGGAUCAAUAGUGAGACCUGAAGGAAGUAUUGUUCUACCAGUGCAAUUGGAUGAUGGGCCGACGGCGAGGGACGUGAUGGCAGAAUUCCUAGUAGAGAAUGUACCAUUACCUUAUAAUGCAAUUAUCGGUAGGCCGAUAAUUCAUGAUGUGCAGGCAGUAGUGUCUACUUAUCACCUGACGAUAGCUUAUGUGUCAAAUUUGGGAGCUGUAGAAAAGGUUCACGGAGGCAGGUAA